UCUGAAUAAACAUUUUGUCAAGCUUUUUAAUAUUCUGUUUGACUUUAGUUUUCUUCUGGAUUUUCGUAGACCUAGUUACCUAGCGGUAUUUAAUUGUUAACCUUUAAAGACUGUAGGCAAGAAAAUGCAAACGCGAAUGAUUGCUGAAAAUGCCCUGGAGGAUCCGAAAUUCCAGCCCAAAGAAAGGGAUGGCUCAUGGGGACAACAGGCUACGUCCAACAGCUCAAGAUGACUCAGGGUUUUUCUAAUAACACGGAAGCCAGCGAAUUGAAAUUUAUCGCUAAGUGUCAUGCUGAAAUGGAAGCGCAGUGGUACACUGUGGCAAUAACAGUACGAGUAUCACACCUCGUGGCGGACGAGUUUGUGGAGACCAGAUGCUCGUGCCCCUCGUCCAAAAAUUUAUCGCCUGCGGCCCUCUGCAAACACAUCCUUGCUGUCGUGUAUGCUCUCGACUGGGUUCUGGAAGGAAAAAAGGUGCCCCAGUGGAACUUGCCCUGUACAAGUUUCGAGCAGUGCUGGGGAAAGCCAAGCACGAAAACAGGCGAACUCCGUCCUGAACGAGGCGAUAUUUACGCUCAUUACUUGCGCCCUGACCGCAGACCGCUUUGGGAGCCAGAUUCGCGUUCUCGAAUAUCACCCUGCGAUAGGAUAUUCAGUGCUGACCGUAUACGCGAAGCUCGCGCUUUUAUAGAAACCAAUCCGGAGUUGUUUCCGAAAUCGCUGCUUCGCGUGAUAGAGGACCCAAAUGAAUGUUUGCGGAUUCCACGUAGUUCAAGCCCGCCAGUGAAAAAUCCCUUUUCUUUAAAGAAUGAUGCUUGGCCGGAUUGCUAUCCACAACUCCCACUACGCCCUCCUGUGGACUCCGGUUGCUUAUGGCAGCCUUUCAGUGCGGUGUUGAGUACUAACUGUAAAGCAGUAUUUACCAAAGAAAUUCUUUCCAAAAAUCCUUAUGAUAUCGAAAAAGCCACUCGAACGCAGUCUUCAUCGUCGGAGUGGGCGUAUCAUCGGUCUGUAAGGAUAACUGGAACGUUCCUAAAGCGUGUGAUAACUGGGAUGAAGAAUAAUACAACGGGAAAAGAAAAUCGACGGGCUAAGUUAGCAAACGAAAUACACGCUCCAAGAGACUUAUCGAAGUUACCAGCAAUCAGAAGGGGCAAGGAUCUGGAGCCGAUUGCUUGCACUGCAUUCAUUCAGGAGCUCCGCAACACAGGGAUGUAUGCAGAGGCCGUUCCUGUUGGCUUUAUAGUGCAUUUUGUAGAACGGUGGGCCGGUGCGUCUCCUGAUCGCUUGAUCAGAACCAUCGAGGAUAGUUUGGAUAUAUUUUACCUACUGGAGAUUAAAACGUUUUCUCAAACAAAAGUAUUUUCUGAUUUACCGUAUCUUUAUCCUUACGAGGAAGAUAACGGAAUCUUAGUCUAUAAAUUGAAAGAGUCGCAUGAGCACUAUUUUCAGAUUCAGUGGGAAAUGUAUUGUAGUGGCCUAAAAAAAUGUUUUUUUAACGUAUAUCGCGAAGAUGGACUGCAAACAUUCCGCCAGCUGGUGCCCUUUAAUUGUGAUUUCAUUGUGAAUAACGUGAGAUUAGCUUUGGAAUUUUAUUUUUCGCAUUUGUUACCUUUAACAAUAAAAUCGUAA